UUCUCUGUAGUAACAUCAAAUAGAUACGAAUCAUUAGUUGAAGAAAACCACACGAUCACUGAAUCAUCUCCUACAGGAACGCAAGCAAUUAUUUCCCAACCCAGUAAUCAACCAACCACUACGUCGACAAGCUCUACUCUGACAGAAAUGCAGCCGCCCAUCCUGCAAUCUAAUAAUCAGCCGACAUCAAGUAGAAAUCAAAUUCAAGAUCAGCAGCGCAUUUCUCCUUCAAAAGGUGCUGUCUUACUAUUAGGCGACUCAAUCCUUAGAGGAAUUCAACAACGUAAAUUUGCACCAAAUCGUCAUGUAAAUAAACAAACAAUUGCUGGAGGAACAAAAGAGAUGAAACAGCAUAAAGACAACAUGGAAGAGAAAAACGAUUAUGAUUACAUUGUUAUCCACACUGGUACAAAUGACGUCGGAAAUCUGAGCACAGUUGAAAUAGUAAAAAACAUGGAAAAUUGGCCGGAUGCACGAAUAGUACUCUCAAGCCUAACCUAU